UACAGCUCAUCGAGUCUUCUUCGCGAGAUUAACGACACAUUCACAUAAAUUAACUUCAUACAACAAGUCACUUGGGCAAUUCUCUGCUAUCUUGAGAUACCCUCGAUAUCCAUAUUUUUUAAGCAUUCAUCGCCAAUUUGAUAGUCCUGUAAUUCCAUAUUUUUACUCUGCCACUUCCUUGUUAUACAAAGCGUUUAGCACAUUGCCACUUUUCGUCUGAUAACAAUGGCCAAUUCACUUGCGGCACUGAAAAGUCUACCGUGUCCAGCCGGUGACAAAUGCACAGCUUUUCAAUGUCUAUUUAAGCAUGGCAAUGACGUGGACCUACCUACUACUAGUAAACCACCAAAGGAGUCACCCGCCCAAGAAAUCACAACAUCUUCCGAUCAAGUACUGCCCAGGAAACGAAUCAAACUUAACUCAACUACUUCAGCUUCAACUCAUCCACAAGCUGCAGAAAAGGAUGUCAUGCCUUCCCAAGAUCACCUAAUUAGCAAGAAUACCUUCUCUCCGCUCGCUACAGAUCGAAUGCGACUAGCCAGUGAGCCGGAUGAGGCUGAGGAUAACGGGAACGGGGCCGAGAGCCAUUAUCAAGCUAGAGGUCAUGUAGGUGGCAUUCGACCCGAUAGCACUCAAAGUGAAGGCUCUCUUUCUCUUGCGCGUAGCAGCUCAGCCUCUUCCUCGGCUUCUCAAACACACAAGAACCCAAUUCUGGCCCCGCACACUGUGAAAAACUCAACUGCCCCGGCCAGUAAGGUACCUAGUCGUUCAUCAUCUACUGCCAGCACAGUUCCUAUUAGCCGUGCGUCGAUUGCACAAGCAAGCAAACAACCCCAAUCGUCGUCACAGUCAGCUACUAAGAAGCCGGAAACACUUAAUCCUCGUCUCUUGAAGAAGUCUCCAGCUCAGCACGGUACGCGUCUAAAGCUUGUCGGUGCCCUCCACGAGCAAUAUGUCCGCUUAAACUCUGCGCUGAAGAAGGAGGCCAAAGAUAAGGUAGAUAAGGCAUUGAAACAGCUGUUGCUAUCCGAUCAAGAACUCAUCGUGAAAACUCUCGACGACGAGGAAGAAGUAGCGAUUAAGCGAUUCCAGAUCUAUGCGAAUGCAAUCAGAAACAAGAUCAUGACAUACAAGCGCAUGACUGUGGCCGAAUGGAAGGAAGAGCGAAUAGCAGCCACCAAAACUAGCGACUCGCAAACCGCGUCUGAUACUCCUAAACCCAUCGAUACCGGUCUGACUCCAGUUCAAGAGGUCGAAUUCGUCGCUCGACUGGUCUGGCCUUUCGAUGGCCUCCAGAGACACGGCUACGUAUCGGAAAUUCCUCUGGCUGAAGACAUUGAGAAAGCCCGCGCGAGCGUGGAAGCUUCUGGUAACGUCGAGAUAUGUGACAGAUGUACCAGGCGCUUUCAGGUCUUCCCGGGCCGCAGAGAAGAUGGGGCUUUAGCAUCUAAUGGUACUUGCACGUACCACCCCGGCAAAGUCUAUUUUACGGAACGAGGUCCUGGUAAAUUAUCACAGGCCAAGAAGAAGUAUCGCUGCUGUCACCAGAAUGUCGACGACGACUCGGGCGGGUGUGCUACGGCACCCACACAUGUUUUUAAGACAACGAACAUCAACCGACUUGCAAGCCUCCUCAACUUUUGCGAGACUCCACCCAACCCAACCGUGCCUAAAGGCAGGGCGAUCUGCUUUGAUUGCGAAAUGGGUUACACUGUCUAUGGUCUUGAGUUGAUCAGAAUGACCGCGGUGUCUUGGCCAAGCUACGAUAUCUUGGCCGAUAUACUAGUGCAACCUUACGGUGAGGUGUUGGACUUGAAUACCCGGUACUCUGGCGUUACGCCGGAGGCAAUGGCCUCGGCUGAGCGAUGGGUACUCGGGGAGGAUCAUAGACCAAUUCCGGGUGUGGGCGAGGCAAAACCUAAGCUCAAGAUUGCGCCAGAUCCCAAAGCAGCACGCGACCUUCUCUUCUCCUUGAUUGGACCUGACACGCCUCUUAUUGGCCAUGGACUCGAAAAUGAUCUUAAUGCCAUCCGAAUCAUCCACCCUACUUGUAUUGACACCGUCCUGCUGUUCCCGCAUAAGCGCGGUCUUCCGCAUCGAAAUGGUCUUAAAAUGUUGAUGGAUACAUUAUUGAACCAGAAGAUCCAGCAAGAGGCAGACGAAAGCGCACCUGAGGGACAUGACAGUGCGGAGGACGCCAAGGCCGCAGGUGAACUGGCUCGACUUAAGGUCCGUGAUGAGUGGAAGAAUCUCCAACUGAAGGGCUGGACCCUCCAAGGUGACGAGGUCAUUGCGCCAGGCAGGCAAUGGACUGUAGUAGGAUAGGAAAAGACUACGAAGCGCGGCUUCUAAUGGACGACCAAGUUGACAGACUGCUAAUACCUGAGAAAAAAGUCAAUUAAGCAGAGGCGGUAUUACAUCGUAAUUGGCACUAAGUCUAGUCGUUGCCUAAAGGAAA